AUGUGUUUCUUGAAGUUAGUACUUUCUCUAGUCCUGCUUCUUUUGGAUCUGUGCGAAACGCGGGCGAAGGGCAGCAGGCAAGGCAGCUUUUUCCUCAGGAAUUCUAUCUUCCCGGGGCAAGGAAGGAGAUGUGUUUCCAGGACAGGGAGGGUGAGGGGAGUAGGUGAUGAAGCUAAUCAUAUGGGAGAUAUAAUUGAUGGGGAUCCAAAGGAAGCGGACACAAAGAAGGAAAACCUCAGGAUUAACAAAUUCGAAGCGCAAGAAGUUAAAAUAAACUCCAACCUUAAUGUUAACGUAUUUAGGAAUACAAACGAUACGACCUCUGCGUACGAUGAUGGAAUUUGUAUUUACAACCUUUUGAAAGACAUAGAGGUAAAAGAUGUAAAGAGGAUACCUACAUUUAGUGAGAAGCUAGCCAACGUGCAUAUAGAAAAGGAAAAGGAUUAUAUAAAGUUGAAAAAAGGAGAAGAAAAAGGCACACAUUUAGAUAACCCCCUUAUAUACAGAGACACAAACUACGAGCUUCCGUACGUGCUAAACUACUACCCAGAUGAUAUGUUUAUUUUUAAUUUCGAUGGGGUGAUAAAUAUGAAUAAGCAGGAACAAAUCGUUGUGGCAUUUUUAACUUUUCUUCGUUUAUUUCAGAGAAAUGGUAGGGGAGGCGUCUCAAAGGGUUACCCCACCUUGCUCUUGAACGGGAAGCCCAUUGACGGUUUACCUUUGUACAAUUUUAUCCAGUCGAGAAAGUAUCUUUUCGCCGAAGGAGAUGAAAACAUUGUACCCCCCCAGAGCGACGACCCGUUCAUUCUGUUGAAACUCAUUCCAAAGUUCCUUUACUCCAGAUUUCUCUAUUUGUACAAAUUUAUAAAAACCACAGAAGAUCUUGUCAUUGGAAUUAAGUAUGUGUUUGACGAAAUCGAUGCUAUAUGCACCAAGUACAGUUAUGAUAUCAACGAGAUGUUGCGCAUUUGUAGAGAGAAGAACGUAAUGCAGACCAACUUGGAAAAACUGAGCGCCUAUUACCACGAACAAAAUUUCAAGCAACCCUCAGCUGUAGUAUCCACAAAGGGAAGUCUAACCCCGUCCAACAUUAACCAACCAACCCCACUACACAUUUACAACCUUGUAAAGGAACUCACAAAAGGAACUUUCAAUCCAUCUAUCAUCAGGAAAUAUAAGAAGAUUGAAAACUUUGCUAAUGUGUUUCCGAGUUUUCACAACGAUUUUAACAAUUUCUACAAAAAAAAAAUGAACCUCGAAUUGUAUCAACGAUAUAAAGUAGAUCCUAAAUGGGUUCGAACAGAAUUUGAACGAACGAGGAAAUUACUCAGUAAGCAUGAUAAAGAUGCGUAUAUAAACCUGAUGCAGUAUCGUUACCCAUGUGAAAUGUUGAGUGAAGAGGAGAGACAGAACCACAUGACAUUUAAUUUUUGUGCAGUUGACUUGAUCAACCAUAAUAUAAAUGUAUUUAAGAAACCCAUAUAUGUGGUUUCUACGAUGGAGGAUGGAGAUUAUAUUGAGUACACCCUCAAACUCUUUGGCGUGAACAUUGCUAAUAAGGAGAACUCCCACUUACUGCGUAUUUUUGGGAAAGAUUACCUUCGGAAGGAGGAAGACUGCCCACCUGAUGGGGAUUCCAAUUCGGUGAUGAACAACCUGAAAAAACUCUUCAAGUCUCCAUACUUUGCAAAAAGAGAAUCUCCCAAAAAGGGGGAACGACAAGGAGAUACUCAGGAUGAUUACCUGUAUGAUCCAUACAACGUAGACCUGGAAUAUCUGAAGUAUCAGGAGAAGAAAAAAAAAAGGGAUUAUAAUUUCAUUAACCACAGGUACUACCUCGACAUGCUGAAGGAGAAGUGCAACUUAAUUAAUUUCGUUAUUGAAAAAUACCAUCGAGGUGAUGAAACCAUCCAUAUAAUAGACCACAAGUACGAAGACCUGAAUGCCAUGUGCAAUGAUAGUCGAUUCAGCCAAAAGGUUCGACUGUACUUUUGUGAAUGGGGUUACAACUCCUAUGCAGAUCGACUCAAAGCUUUAUAUAAUGACCGCGUGAAAUCCUUUUCCCAAUCCUUUAAGCUUGUAUUUCUGUGUUGUACGCUGCAGGAUAAUCCUCGUCGCGAACACACACACGGUAGGGGAUUGCCCACCGACUUUUACACCAAAUUCAUGCUUAAGUAUUUCCACAAAAAGGGGCUCUUCAGCCCAACGGAGGAGGAGACACGUAGAACCUGA